ACGUCACUAGGGCAUCCAACAUGGCGUCCAACAGCCGGCUGCAGGAGGAAGACUGAGGAAGAAGAGGAGGGGAGAAGGAGCAAGCGGCAGCAGGACGCCGAAUGUCCCCUUGGUCCUCGUCGGACGCCAAAAUACACCCGCAGAGGGUUUUGUUGCUACACCAGGGAGAGGCGUGUGAGCCUUUUUGGGUUUCAAAAACCCCCACCCCGAGAUUGGCCAAAAAAAGUCCGAGAACUGUGGGAGGGACAACUGGACUUACGAGGAAUUUCCAGAUGAAGACCACGCACCCUGUUGCUCACCUACCUCUUCCUGUCCUCAAGCCAAGCUCAAUCUAAUAGCGUGCCCCGAUAGUGCCCCCUAGAGGAAGACCCAGUCCAACCAGGGUCCUACCAAGAGGUGGAAAUGUCAGCCCAAGGGGAUCUCACCUGUCUCAUUUCGAGGCCCACCCCGCUAACGAAAUCUCCGUUUGAGCUCAUGCCUCCGCCCGCCACAGUGGGCUUCCUCAAGUUGUCUCGUCCAUGCUGCUACGCCUUCCCCGCAGGCCAUGGUGACUGUUCCUUCUUCGCCGUCAACGGUUUCACAGUUUUGGUGGAUGGCGGUUCAGAUCCACGGGCUUGCUUCUGGAAAUUGGUACGCCACCUGGACCGUGUGGACGCCCUACUGCUCACCCACGCCGGUGUAGACAACCUGAGCGGCAUCAACAGUUUCCUGGAGAGAAAGGCCGCCGAGACGGAGCUGCGCACACUGAAGGACGAUGGGUCCGGGAGGCUUAUCUCCCCUGAGCUCGGGGUGGUCUUCUUUAACGCUCCAGAUGUGUUGCUUGUUGAACAGCAACCCUGUGUGGACAAUGUACUGAAGAGUACAGAUCAGGCAGCACUAACUGUACAGUUAUUAAAGAAAUUAGACAUCCAACCCCACCCCAUGUUUCGACCACCAGUGGACCCCCCCGAGCCCAUCACUCUGUUCCAAAAGAUGGGUGUGGGUCAGCUGGACUUGUACAUCCUCAGCCCAGUCAAAAACAGCCAGGAUUACCAGACGUUCAUGCGGGACUGGCCCAAUGCUGCGUCCCCUGAAAAGCUUGCCCUUGCCACCCUCGCCUCAGCGUCUGCCCUUCUCGUGUGGCACCCGGCGUGCCCCCAAGAGAAAGUAGUCCGAGUCCUGUUCCCUGGCGUCACUCCGCAAGCCAAGCUGCUGCAAGGCCUGGAGAAGCUCAAGGGCUUGGCUUUCCUGCAGAAACCCACAGUGACCACCGGCGACCUGGAGAGGAUUGGAGACGACGGGAAGAGCAAAAGAGCAACGAGCCAGGACAGUGUCCACUCUCAAGUGAAGGAUGUGCCCACCAAACUGGGGAAAGAGGCAAAGGACAAGGGUAAAGGAUUAGUCAUACAAAAGAAUGCAUCCAAGAAAGCUAAUGAAAAGGAGGUAAAAAAGAAUAGAAAGCAGAGUGGUAAGGAAGAAACUGUCAUCUUAAAGAACGGCAUUGGGAAGAAGGAGUCCCCCUUAUCCAGACCGAAGAAUGACAACAAAACUAAGCUAAAAAAAGAUGCUAAAAAUGACUCUAAAACAGAGUUUAAAAAGACAAAAAAAUCACCUGGAAAGGACAACAAGAAAGUAGAUGUCAAGAAUGAUACAGUAAGAACAGACAAUGAGGCUACACUAGAAGUUUCAAAACCAGAGGAGAACCAUCCUCCCCAUGCCUCCAAAACAACUACCCCCGAGGAUAUGACAUCUAUCAGACAACUUCGGGAGGAAACGGAACAAGGAGAAGGAAAUAUUGCAGAUGAGGGGAAAAGGACAGGUAGUGACUUGGCAAAGAAGGAAGGUGUAGCUCAGCUCGGAGUUGCUAAGAAACCUGCAAAAGUGGUUGGAUUCCCGUCCCCAUUGAAGCAGUCCACGAAGAAUGAGCCAAGUAUUGAUAUGGACUUGACCCCAACUGAGUACACUCUCCUGGAUGGGGCUUUGAGAGCUAGUCCACCCUCGAGGUCAUCCCCGGAUAACCAGGCCACUUCAGAGGAGAGGACCAUAGAGCAGAACUCCUCAGAUUCCAGGCCCAACAGCGCUGGCCACACUCCUUACUGUCUGUCUCCAGAUGACGUGUGGUGCAACAGAGACACCCUCAGCAGACUGCGGGCCCAAGAAGCGGCAGAAGUUUUUCCAUCCAGGCCGGCCCAACACAACACCAGAGAGAAGCACCUUACUUUCCUCUCUCUGGGCCCCUUGAAGGAUGGAUCCUCCGACCUGUCCCCCUCCGUGGCCAACACUACCACCUCCACCCACUCCAUGCCGGCAGAGGUGAGCUCUCCUCAGUCGACUGAAGUGGACGAGUCACUGUCCAUGUCCCUGGAGCACGGCCCUGCAUCGGGGACUCAGAGGGAAGUGGACGACGCGGUGCAUCAUGCCAAUGGAGGCAAUUUUGCCGGGAUAAAAAGGCCUUUUAGGUCAUCGGCAUCUGAAACGGGUCGACCUCCAGUUCCCGGCGCCCUGCACUUUGAGCCGCCGGCUCAUGAUGUGGACCUGUGUCUGGUUUCCCCUUGCGAGUUCAAGCAUUUCAAGCAGCCGGACUAUGGCUCGGGUGACCACAACGGCGUGACACCCAGCGAGUCAAAUGCCCCCAUCUGCACCGAGGAGUGCCCGUCCACCACAGCCGAUGGUGUCCUGGACUCAGAUGAGGACGGGUCGUAUGGGGUUCCGUCAAACCUCCGGGGCAGUCGUGCUCUUCCACGGGACCCGCUUCCUGCUCGGAUCAGGGAUAGCCCACCUCUGUCUCCGCGCCCCGACACCACCAUGCCCGUCCCGCAGUCUGACGUUGGUGCUCGUGAAAAGAAAAGAAAAACGAGUGGUGUGGGAAAGAAAACAUCUGGGGUGACUGCCGUCCCCCCGAAACCGAGCCCGGGCAAAACUCGGACAGGAAACGUAAUCACAAAAACUACAAAGGACGUGUCGUCGUCACGAACACCCAACACUCGUUCGCCGAAACCUGCAUCCUCGCAGUCUCGCCGUCCCUCCUCUGCAGAAGAAACAAACGUAUUUGUGGACCUGGCUUACGUUCCCUCUGGAGCAUCUUCGUCCACUGUGGGUGUGGACUUCUUCAAGAGCGUCCGCUCUUCAUGCUAUGUCGUUAGCGGCGACUGCCCCGAGAGGGAAAAGCUCAUGCGACAAACACUUGACGCACUUCUCCAAGCCAAGGCGAGCUGGGAGCACACAGUGCAGGUGACACUCAUCCCCACCUUUGAGUCAGCGUCCAUGCAAGACUGGUACCAAGAGACCGUGGAGCGUCACAGGGAGUUGGGUGUGCUGGUCCUGGGUUCCAACAGCACCGUGGCCAUGCAGGACGACACUUUCCCGGCCUGCAAGAUUGAGUUCUGAACAACCUCUACCACACGGAAAGCCACAGAAUGGAAAGAGUUGCAACCUACGCCUGCCAAAAGCCUUCUUUUGCUUCAACCCCAAAGUUUUGUUUUGCCAAACUUUUAACACGUACAUACUGUACUAGCAUUGCAUGGCGUUCUUGUGCUGCUAAACUAAAGAGGAGCACGCACAAGCAAGAUUGUCCGUCUAUGUAUGAAUAGAAAAAUCAGUCUUGAUGGCAUCAUUGGGUCACCGUGUAAGUGGUUUGUAAUGAGAUGACAUGCGUUUGUACAGAAGCGUAUUCCUGUCAACCAGACAAAAGCUUCAGUAAAUACAGUAAGUCUUAACAUGAUACAUUUCACGUUACUGUAAUGUGCUAAGUUUUAUGAUUAGUUUCAGGUUUUAAUGUAAAAUGUUUCAUGUUGCAACAUGAUUAAUGUCACGUUAUAACGUAAUUAGUUAAAAAGUACCAUGCAUUUUAAGUUAUAACAUGUUUCAGGUUUUAACGUGAUGCGUUUAACUGUAUAACAUCACAUCUCACAUUAGAGGGUUUUUGUUUUAAUGUCAUACAUUUCACAUUUUAGCAUAAGUUUCACAUUUAACUUAUCACAUUAAACAUUUCACAAUAGAACGUAGUAAGUCAGAUUUUGACAGACUAUGUUUCACAUUUCAACAUGAUUUGUUUCUUGGUCUAACAUAAGUUUUAAUGUCAUGAAUUUCAAGUUAACAUAUGAUAGGUUUCAAGUUUUAACACGAUUUUAUGACAUAAUUGGGUUCUUAUUUUAACGUUAUACGUAUUGUCUUUUAACGUUAUAACGCAAUACAUUUUAGCGUGAUACUUUUCCCAUCUAACUCAUCACAUUAUAGUAAUGUAUACAUUUCAUGUUAUGACUUUGUAAUUCAUAUGUUGCAAUAUGAUAGGUUUUGCAUUUUAAAGUGAUGUGAAGUUUCCCCUUGGAAAUUUUCUGAACAUGUGACUGUGGUUUCCCCCACUGCUCCCACUCCUUCCACUUUGAAAAUGUUUCAUCUGUAUCAUCGGGGAUUAGUGGAAAAGACCCGCCCUGGCAUUGUCAAUGAUCACCCAGGCUAUUGCUAUUGUGAUUGUAAUCUGUUGAUACUGGAGGUGCUUAAAGGGAUUGUAACAGAAGAGAACAUUGCUUCUCUGUCAUGAUAGUCACAUCGAAGAGAUUCAUGGUUUGCACAUCAUAAAGAAUGAUGAGGUCAAAAGACAAAUUAUUUACCGUGAAGAGCAUAUGCUCAGGUGUCAUCUAGGAUGAGUUUGAAUGUUAGACUAAAAUGUGAAAAAACAUAAGAUUGUUUCUCUUUGAAAGAAAUAAGUACGUUGCACAUAUACUAGAAUUGUUUCAGGGUUUUAUUUGGAAAAAAAAUCUGUUGCAUAUAUAUUGUUUCCUGUAAUAUAAAAUAAAAUGACCUAUAAUGUUUUUACAUUUUCUUUUUCAAAUAACAUUUCUUAAAAAUACAUUGUAACUAAGACAUAUUCUGCUCAUAAUAACUAGCACAAAUUUCUCAUAUUUUGUCAUGAGAAAUCUCACCUUUUAAAUAUUCAGUUUUGUGUCAAUUUACAUAAAAUAUAGAAAAUGUGUUUUGCAUGUUAGUUUCCAAAUUACUCCCCCCCCCCUUUUUUUUUGCUUCAAAUCAUUUUAAUAAAAAAAAAAAAAACAUAUAUAUAUAUUAUAUCCCAUUGCAAAAUUCGAGCAGGCAACAAAUACUACAAUUGGAUAUCAAAUGGGGGCUGCGAUCGGCCCCUGUUUGAGACCAAUGUCCAAGGGCAUAGGUUUGCAUAGGAACGGUAGGGACAUAACACUACCAACUUUUCAAGAUGCUCAAAUUGUCCCCACCAACUUUUCAGCAACCUUAUUUGCAUUUUAAAAUGACUUCAGUCAUAGUCACCUUUUUGUGGCCCUGACCCCCGUUCACCCAAUCUGUUUGUUCUUAUUUAAUUCCUGUCCCCAGCAAAAAGUGUAAGGUUAUUCUCUUAUAUCGCCUCGGCCAAUUUUGAGACCAAACCUACGCCCUUACCAAUGUCCAAUAUGAAUGUAAUUUUUAAAGAAAUCUAAGUAUAUAAUGAUAUAAUUAUAAUAUUCGUUCAUGAAAAGUGUUUGAUAUUUAAUGAAAUGACUCAUUGGUUGCCUUCGAUGACAAUAUGCGUCCAAUCCAUUUGGAGUGGCAGCACUGCCAAAUCUUCUUGUCCAAAUGGAUUGAACGUCUAUCGGCAUUACUGGCCUUGAAACAAGAUUAUCCAAUGCCAGCUCAUCCAUACACGGAGA